CUCCCCCCUCCUCCUCCGGCACCCGAACUCGGCCAACCCUGCAGCCAAUCCCAAGGCGAUUGCGCCGGCAACCUCACCUGCAUCCCCCUCUCCCCCAACUGCACCGACUGGUCCGACCCAAUUUGCUCUGGCACCUGCCAGGACCUCACCUCCUCCCUGCACCCUCCGCCCCAAAUCUACACGCUCUGCGGGGGCUGGGCCCUGUACGACGACUGCGACGAGCGGCGUGAGAUGUGCGUCGCGGACCCGCGGCACGCCGCCAGCGAGUGCGGUCCCGCGUGCGACGGGCCGGGCGUGUGCUGGCCGUUUGCGGACGUCUGUCAAGAUAUUGGGGGGGAGGAGGCGGGGGAGGAGAUGAGAAAGAUGAAGUGUCCCGAGGGUAAGGUGUGUUUUAAGGAUAUGUUUUGUCUGCCGCUGCGGUUCGGGUCGGAUCACUAUGAGAAGAGCAAGUUGGAGGAGGUGACGCGGACGGAUCAGGAUGGGUAUCAGGAGGAUUGA